AUGAAAGAAGUCGACAAGAAGAUUGAUGGUUCGGUUGGAAAGUUCGGAAAUCACUACGAAGUGGUUCUGGACACCAACCGCGAAGUCCCUGUCUUCGAAUUUCGAGACCUCUUUGCUCCUCGGGCAGACGAAUUCGGCCAGGCCGUCAAGAAAGUCGAAGACGCCAUCGUAGGAUACCACAGAAAGUUCGCUAAUGGCCCACGAAAGUUCCGCAGGCGGCAAGACGCAAAGUACUCACACAUCCGCCGCAACGCUCCUAGAGACGACUGCGCAGCGCCCACACCCGCUGACGUCACGACUACAACCGCUCCAUCAACAACGCCCCCACCCACGAUCUCCUGCGAGCUGCAGCACGAAGAUCCUGACCAAGGGAUCAAUCAGAUGGGCUGCAUCUGCGGGUCUACGACUCUGCCUCUCCUCACCGUGACUGACGCAACAAUUGACUGGCAAUCCUGCGACUACACCGUGCUCCCCACGUCCAGCAUCGCGAACCCCAUCUCCAUCGAGCACCAGACAUACAUGGCUAACUGCUACCUCUGCACGCUCAUCGGUGGCAUCGCUGACACGCCAUCCUGCGCCACUCAGCCUGUCGACGGCUGCACCCCAACCACACCCGCGGUCCCAACAGCAACAGUCUUUCUCUCGAACAACAGCGUACCCAUCGGCGAUGAGAACAACAAGAACAACGGUGCCGAUCUCCGAACGGAUUUGUUCAACAAGUUGAAAGCUCUAUGUCCUGAUAAUGCCAGUACUUGCGACUCAAAGACGCCCGCCGAAUUCGACAAUAUCGAGACCGUCACCGGCGACGAGCCCGUCGAAGAAACGAUCAAGUUUGUUAUUCAGGACAGCCAUUACGAUAGCGGACAGGAACGCGACCAGAUGAUUGCAGCCGCGGUCGCAUCGUGGCAGCAGGGCGUCGCCAAAUCGUGCAAAGAGGUCGAGUACGAGGACACUGAAGAUCUGACGGCGAGUGGAUGCGGGACUGGUAUCGUCAAGCGUGGCAGUGUCUUAAGAGCGCUUAUGACGCCUGAAGAGAGGAGGGCAACGCCGUGGGGCACACCUUGGAAGAAAAGGAGCGCGAUUCCGGAGCCGAUAUGCGAUAAUUGCGAUCCGCCCCCCGCACCUGAGUGUCAUUAUAAAGCGACCAUUUGUUCGGGGCCGGAUCAUAUCGGUGGGUUCUCCUGGUGUAUCACCUUCCUUGCCUCCCCCUCCAUCUGUUCUGACUCCGCAUACUAUCUGCUUGCUGACACUCUGCUCCCUAGCCCCCGUUUCAGGCAACGCGCGCAAUGGCCCAUACGCAAACCACAUGGACAUCCAACUCGACUACAGCAUUGGCCACGGCGACUCGGCCUUGAACGGAUUUAUUUGUGA